GUAGACUCCGACUGAUUUUGCUUCACAGUUAUAAACAAAUUGAGAAUAUUCGAUUCACUCACCCAAGCAUUUUCUGGAACAUGACAAAUGCUGUUCACGACAAGGCGAAAUCGGGAUUUGUUGAUGGAGAAAAUUAUGACAGAUUCCGCCCUUCAUACACAGACAAAGUUGUGAAGUUGAUUGCCUCGAUCAUCACAGAAACUCAAACAGAUAAAGAAAACAAUUUAAAGUAUGAUUGUGUUGAACUUGGAGCAGGAACGGGAAAGAUGACACAGAAACUUAUUAAAGAAUUACCAAAGGUCAAAAAAUACCUUGCUACAGAGCCUAUGGAUGGGUUUCAAAAGACGCUAAAAAAGAAUUGCCCAGGAAUAGACACUCAAAUAUGCAGUGCAGAAAAAAUUCCAGUUCCCUCUGAAACUGUGAAGACUGUAAUAGCAGCACAGUGUUUCCAUUGGUUUGCUAAUAUGACCUCAUUAGAUGAAAUAAAUAGGAUACUUAUACCAGGCGGAAAAUUCUUAAUGGUAUGGAAUAAUAAAGACUGGAAUGUCCCAUGGGUGAAAGACAUUGAGAAAAUCCUGACACGUUACUAUGGUGACACACCACGAGCUAUAUCUUACCAAUGGAAGGAAGUGAUAGAAAAAUGUUCUCAUUUCCGAUGUGUUCAACACGAAAUCCUCCCUGGCACAGUAUUAAAGGGGUGUCGAGAUGAUGUAAUUGGACAUUUCUGCUCCAUAAGUGUCAUUGCCUCCCUUGAUGAAAACGAGAAAUUGAAAGUCAGAAAUGAGAUGGAAGACAUUAUGGAUACACAUAGCUUAGCCAAAGGAACUGAUGACAUCACUAUCCCAUUUAAUACUGAAUUGUAUCUAUCUGAGAAAAUUGAAACUUUGUAGAGUGUUGAUGACAAAGGAAGAAAAAAUGAACAGAUUGUGAAGGGCAUGAGAUGAACAUUCUUAUUUAUGUACAUUCUUCAGUUAUUUUCUUCAGUAACUGCAAAUAUUAAUGCUUGUUUACAACUUAUGUCAAAGCACAUUAUUUAGUAUGCUUACAUCCAAAAAAGCUUUUUAAACAUUGAUGGGAAAAUAAACAGUUAAAGCCA